AUGAGACUUUAUAUAAUUGCAAUUGAUUUCAGUGACAUAACGGCCAGUGAUUUUGUGGAUGCUCAAAUGGAUUUAGUUUUUCGGAAGAAAUGGGAUACGAAUGUUGAAAAAUUGGAACUGGUCCGGAAAGAUGAUGAUACCGAUUCGGAACUUAUUCACUGGGUUUCUAAGUUCCCUUAUCCAUUGUACCCCCGUGAAUAUGUAUUUGUGAGACGAAGAUACAUUGAUGAGAAAGAUCGUUGUAUUGUGAUAGCAAAUUGUGCGAUAGCAGAUAGUGCUAAUAUUAUUCCACGAUGUGAAAAGAAAUAUGUGCGUGUCGAAACAUAUCGGUCGAUAAUGAUAGUUCGAGCGCAUAAAACUUUUGAAUGCAAAGGAUUCGAUUAUAUUCUUUCAUAUUACGACAAUCCUGAGAGUAAUAUACCGAAAUAUGCCUACAAUUGGUUGGUUAAUUAUGGUGGGCCAUAUUAUCUUCAUCAGGUUCAUGAUGCUGCAAAGAAAUUAGAACAAAAGCGAAUGGAAAUGUCGAUCAAUACUGCUGAAACAGUAGGAGUUUCGAGUAAGGCAUCGAAUGAUGAAAGAAAUGGCGAGCAAGAAAUUAAUUCGAUGACUGAAACGGAACCGAGAUCAAUGGAGGGAGAUUCAAAAACAGUGAAUACUGCUGACGAAUUUGAGAUAUUGCCUGCAAAUGUUCGGUUAUAUGAUGAGAAGCUAAUAUCCUCACCUUUCGAGAACAUGGAACACAUGCAGCAUCAUGCAAUACAAACUCAAAAUUUCUAUCGUCGAAAAUUACCACCAUCCUGCAUCAAUUUUGCAUCACCUGAAGGAAAGAAACUUUUCAUCGAGAGUCUUGUUAAAGGGCAUGCAAAUAUUUAUUUUCGAUUAGCAUCACAUUUUUUAACCCAAAAUGAACCAUCUUAUUGUGGCCUCUCUACUUUGGUUAUGGUAUUAAAUGCGCUAGAAGUGGAUCCAGGCCGAGUGUGGAAAUCACCAUGGCGUUUCUACCAUGAAAGUAUGCUUGACUGUUGUGUACCACUUGAUGAUAUCAAGAAAACCGGAAUAACACUAUCUCAGUUUGCUUGCUUAGCGGAAUGCAACAGACUUUGCACCGAAUUAAAGUACGCUGAGUCUAAAUCAGAAUUCCUGAACACUUUUCGUGAAAAUGUGAAACGAUGUAUGGCAGUUGACGAUACGAUUCUUGUGGUUAGCUAUAAUCGUCAAGUAUUAGGUCAAACUGGUACAGGUCAUUUUUCACCGCUAGGUGCUUAUCAUGAAGAAAGUGAUCAGAUUCUUAUCAUGGAUGUUGCUCGAUUCAAAUAUCCACCCCAUUGGGUACCAUUAACCAUUUUGAGAGAUGCUAUGCUUAGUAUUGAUGCUACCAGCGGUAAACCACGAGGUUAUCUAACAUUAAAAUUUCGAUCUCAUAUACAGCCAUUAGUCUUACUUCGCUUACAAGGCGAUAUCAGUGCUUACAAAACAUUGGUAAAUAUUUAA